CGGGGAAGUGGGAAGGGACGAAAGAGUGCAUUGGUUAUCGGUCCGACAGCAAGUGACGUAAUCGGGCGAACCAGCGAGUCAGGUUGAGGGGGAGGGAGAAGGGAGGGUAGUAGGGAAGGAGGGAAGGGAGGGGGGAGGGAGGGAGAGAGGAGAGACGCACGGGAGGAAAACUGAAGGCGAAAGGAGGGAAGAGGGACGAGGGAGAGGGAGUUGCGGUUUGUGACACGGUCUAUUCACUAUGGCUAAUUAAGCAGCAGGUAUCCAAUCAUCUGGAGAGUGAGUUGAAGUAACGUACAAGCACCAAGGGUGACGUCGAGCGCGCCACUGUGAACAAAGGAGCUUGCCAACUAGAGUGCAAUUGUCUCGCAAACCUAUACAAGCAGACACAGACUCAGACACACACAGAGAGAGAGAGAGAGAGAGAGAGAGAGAGAGAGAGAGAGAGAGAGAGAGAGAGAGGUGGCUGUGGUGGGAGCGCCGCAAGGAGAGAGGGGAAGAAGGGAAGUAUGCUUACUGCUUGGGGGGAUGCACAGGCGGAGCCGAAUGACAGAAGCAAUGCGCCUUCGGGUAAUCGCGGUUCUCGCUCCUCGUAUGUUCCGCCACACUUGAGAAAUCGUCAAAUCGCGCCGUCGGCAGGCCAGGCAGACGGCAGAGGGGGACCUGUGGUUCUAGGGCCACCUCCACAAUUACCAGGAGGAUAUGCGGGACCGGUCAUACGAGAAGAUAACAGACCGGCAAUCGUAGGGCCGCCGCCUAGGGGUGCGUGGGCGGGAGGUGCUAUUGCUGGCGGCGGUGGCGGCGGCGCGUGGGCGGGCGGCGGAAAGCCCGGCGGUGGGUGGGGUGGAGGAGGAGGAGGAGGAGGAGGAGGAGGAGGAGGUGCGGGAGCUGGCAGGGGCGGUGGCGGAGCUGGCUGGGGCAACGGUGGUGCAGGUGGUAGUGGAUCUCGCCAAGGAUGGGGUGGUGGCGGUUCUUUUAGGGAGGAUGACCCCUUUGCCAAGGAUGAGAAAGAACGCGAAUCAGAGUUGUUUCAGGCUGAGAACACUGGUAUCAAUUUUGACGCCUAUGAUGACAUCCCUGUCGAGACUUCCGGUGAGAACGUCCCCCCUCCCAUUCAGACUUUCGCUGACGUGGACCUAGGGCCUGCCCUCAAUGAAAACAUCAAACGAUGCCGCUACACGAAACCUACUCCCGUGCAGAAGCAUGCCAUUCCCAUUUCGUUGGCUGGAAGAGAUCUUAUGGCAUGUGCGCAAACCGGAUCUGGGAAAACGGCGGCGUUCUGUUUCCCAAUCAUUGCGGGAAUCCUCAGCUCGCCGCCGCCCAACAGGCCAAGGGGUGGGCGGAAGGCCUUUCCGCUCGCGUUGAUUCUCUCUCCAACGAGGGAGUUGGCAAGCCAGAUUAACGAUGAGGCACGGAAGUUUGCAUUUCAGACUGGGCUGAGAGUAGUGGUCGUUUAUGGAGGUGCGCCAGUCGUCAAUCAGCUCCGUGAAAUUGAGCGUGGGUGCGAUAUUCUUGUGGCAACGCCGGGGCGACUAAGCGAUCUUCUGGAAAGAGCAAGAGUCUCGUUGUCCCAAGUGAGGUACCUCGCUCUUGAUGAGGCAGAUCGAAUGCUGGACAUGGGUUUCGAGCCCCAGAUCAGGAAGAUUGUGGAGCAGGAAGACAUGCCGGGUGUCGGAUAUAGGCAGACCAUGCUUUUCAGUGCAACCUUUCCAAAAGAGAUUCAGAGACUUGCAGCCGACUUCCUUGGGAAUUAUGUCUUCCUUGCUGUCGGGAGGGUUGGAUCCAGUACGGACCUGAUUGUCCAGCACGUGGAGUUCGUUCCGCAGCAGGACAAGCGAAGCAUGCUCAUGGACCUUAUUCACUCAGUCGAUGGCCUCACUCUCGUCUUUGUGGAGACCAAACGAGGUGCGGACUCGCUUGAGGACUGGCUAUGUCGGCAAGGUUUCCCUGCAACUACCAUUCAUGGAGAUCGGACUCAGCAGGAGCGAGAAGCGGCGCUACGGUCUUUCAGAACUGGCCAGACACCCAUUCUUGUGGCGACCGAUGUGGCAGCUCGGGGGCUCGAUAUUCCUCAUGUUGCACAUGUUGUCAAUUUUGAUCUCCCAAGUGAUAUCGAUGAUUAUGUGCACAGGAUUGGAAGGACGGGCCGUGCUGGAAAGACGGGGUUGGCCACUGCAUUCUUCUCGGAGAAGGAUACGUCUCUGGCCCGUCCGCUGUCGGACUUGAUGGAGGAGAGCAACCAGGAGGUCCCGGGGUGGCUUAAGAAUUAUGCUAGGGCUAGCUUUAGUACUGGCGGUGGCAGGAGCCGGCGAUCAGGGGGAUCCAAAUUUGGUGGCAGAGACUAUCGAAGGGAGGCGUCAGGCAGCAGGGGUGGUGGUGGUGGUGGGGGAUUCAACAUGUAUGCGGGAGGUGGUGGGUAUGGCGGUGGCGGUGGCGGUGGUGGCUAUGGCGGUGCCGGAGGGGGAAGUAGUGCAUGGGACUAGCUGAGUAGGAGUUGGGGGGGGGGGUGGUGGGUGGUUACCAAGCAGGUGAGCUCUCGGAGAAAGCAGGUUUUGCCUGACACAACUGCAUCCCUGAAUUGGGGGAAGCAGAUGGGAGAAUGGUGGGUUGGAAGCCAGGUGCGUGUGCGCUGCGCUUUUCUUUUCCGCCGUUAGGGUGUCAAGUAGAGCCCUCUGUACAGUGGAUUUAGGGACAGGGGGCAUGUAGUCGUGGCCUCGGAAGAGCAUUGUUACUGGUUUAUUUCCCCUGUUUGUGCCCUUUGUCGUUCUCCCGGUUAAUAUUCAUUCGUCCGUAGUUCCCCACCUUUCUGUAUGGUGUUGGUGGCAUAUCAAAUGCCCUCUCCUGACCCCUUGUCCGUGUGCGGUUUUCCCUCUCGCAAAGGACAUGGGGUGUCGGAGUGGAAGGUCCAAUCUGCUUCUUUGUUUUUUCUGGUCUCUCCUUUUGUGUUUUCUCAUUUCUUUGCAGUGCAGAGAGAGAGGGAAUAUGGUAUAUAGCCAGGAGCUUUAGUUUUUCCUUGGGCAUGAUGAUCAAUUUGAGUUGUUUAGGGUUCCUGGCUUUUGAUGGUCGCUUGACCUUUCGAUUCUGUUGAGAUCGUUUGGAAUUUUCAAUUCCUGCGGAUUUUUAAUGGCUUAGUCUGGAGUUGGCCUCUUUUAUAGGGGUGUCACCGGGGGGUGGGGUUGCCGUUGUCGGUUUUGUGCCGUUUGCAUGCACAGGUGACUGGCGAUCGAGGUCUGGUAUAAUCACUUUUGCUCUGGUCGCGGGCUUUGUUUAUAUAGUAUCUUAUUACUUCGUGAUUAUGACUGUUGAGCAGGGUGCUACUACCAAUUCUGCAACAAGAAAGAGGUUGCAUGACGGACUUCAGACAGGCAUUGUAUUUGCUGUUGGUCUUCUUCCGCUUGUUGAAAGUGGAAAAGAAGGAUGCAAUGGAGAUGACGAGGGCGAAGGACCAGAACGAAAUAAGAGACCAGUCCCUCUGUUACACAUUCUCUCCUCUCCUCGUCUUUCAGGGCGAUUGAUGGUUAUUUGCGAAGAAGGCGAUGCGGGGUAGAUCAAUCACCAGGAGGCCUUUGUUGCCCCACCAUGCCGGGCGCAGAGACCUGGCGGAGAGCGUUAUUUACUGCCUUGGUAAGCAAGGGUGGCUUACGGGGUAGAAGGUAAUUGUGGUGGUUCCUGCAUGGGCCUUUUGCAAGCUUCUGACAUCUUGUGCCUCUAAGGACUGUGGUCUAGGAUGCUCCGCAGCAGUGAAAGAAGCGUGCUGUAUCCUGAGGGCGCAAGGGUAAAUUUGUGGGCUGUGCAGUGCCUAGUGCGACCGACCCACCGCGUUGAUGUUGCAAGCGAGUGGUGUGUCCCAUAGCCUGCGUUAACGUCCGCAUGGGUUGAUAUUGCGAGCGAGUGGUGUGUUCCAUACGCUGCAGACAACAUGGCGAUUUCUGUGUUCGAUGAGGAGGGUGGGCAAGAAACUGGACAUGGACAAGGGAAGCAUAUAUUGGCGAAGAAUGGAAGUGCUACAUGGAUACAAGCAUAAAUGCGAAGACUGUGUAAAAGGGAGGAAGAUGGAGCUGCAGAGGUGGACGAAUGGAGAGAUGCAGGCAAGGGAGUAUGGCUUUCGUCAGCGGAGCGUGCAGUGUGCGUGAGCACGCCGUGAAACGAAUGGGGGUGCUUUUUCUCACAUAGGUGGGCUGUUGGUAAUUCUCUCUCUUUUUCUGCGCACUGCUUGGAAGAGAGAUUUGCGCGACGUGAAAUGAAUGGGGGUGCUUUUUCUCACAAAGAGAUUUGAGGAGAGAACAGGUGCAAGGAGAGGGGGAGGGGGUGGGGGGGUGGGGGCGGGGUGCGUACUGAUUUGUACCUACGUCCAGGUAGAAUCUGUUCCUCUUUUUCAUCAUCCUUUCAAUUUGUGCACAGAAGAGUCGAACAGAUGCCGCUUCAGGCCAAAGCAAGCUGAUGUGGGGAACGGCAUGUGCUUGUUUCAGGUGACUGCUGUAGUCUGGAGGGUUUAGCAAUUUGAUGUACUGAGAGCAAUGGGAACUGUUUGGGAGGAGGAGGAAGUCACUGGAGGAGGGUUCUCUGAGGGCUGACGGGGCAUUCCGUCCAUGGCGGCUUGGGUGCAAGAGGAAUAGGCAGUUGCAAAAGUCAAGGAUGGCUUUAACCACUGUCGAAGGAAAGAGGAUUAAUCGACUGACUAUUCAGUGGAGCAAUUUUGAUAUUUGACCCACCUAGAUGGUGAUUUGUAUGCAGCUCACUUGUUUCCUUUGUUUAUGUCAUGACGACCUUGUACCCCUGUACAGAUAGCUAGCUAGAGGGCUCACAUGUGGAUCCUGUGCACAGACACACACACGUGCUUACACACACACACACACACACACACACACACACACACACACACACACACACACAGAGAGAGAGAGAGGGCUCGCUUGUGGCAGCGGUCAGUGUCCAAGCUUUGUAUGUGUUCUGGUUUAUUCUUGCGAGAAGUUGAGAUUGUGGAGUGAACCAAGGCACUCCCACCCCUUUCUUUUGAUUUGCGGUGCCGCUUUUUUGUGAAGUGAACGAGUUACGGGAAUUUGUUCUCUAGUCCCCACUACCCCAGAAAUAAUCAAGUACAUCUAGUCGAAAUGAAAAUGGAAAAAAAAACGUGUUCCAUGUGUUUCCAGUUUGCGAAGUUGUAGGUGCACUGACAUGAAUGAAGGCGCGAGGAAGCAGGCUCGCAGUGGUGCAUGUGCCUCCGGGGGUGUUGGUCCUUUUGAGGGGGGUUCAGGAGAGUGGAAGAUGAACUCGAGUGAAAGCCGGCGGGGAGAGUGGGCGGUGACAAAUUUGGCACUUGCAUUGUGGCGUGAGAUGCAUACCCCAACUGCUAUGGAGAACAUCUGCUUCGAUUGUUGUGUGUGUGGGGUGGGAGUGCAGGUAAUGGUGUGGGCAGUGGGCAGAUGUGUGCAGCAUGCACACAUGCAUGUCGGUUAUGGGUGCUUCGAUGCAACGUCGGCAGUCCGUGUAUUGGCAUGAAGUAUUUAGUGCGCUGGGUUUUGUUACCUUCACUCUUGAGGAUUUACAAUUACUCAGUUGCUUUCUCCUUCAAGGAAAGGAAUGCUGUGGGACUGGCGACUGGCCCUCGCUAUACGCGUUUUGGGCGGUACCUUAAAACUACCAGUACACCCGGACCUGCGGCGCCUUUGUGCACGCCAAGCUUUUCGGAACUGCCAGCGGCGUACUUCUUUUCUAUUUUGGCUGGGGCCUCCAGCCAUUGUGGUGGUGCAGGCCGAGCCUCCACAAUUUUUCCAGGUGAGGAGUCUCUUCUUCAGCGAGGCUCUGGGGCCGUGUACUGAGUGUGUAACUGCAAGUAUGCAACACAUAUCAUAUACAUAACCAAGGUCCAAGAGCUUUUGUUGAAGUCUUGUGUGGUUCCUGAAGGACUCACCCGUGCUUGAAUUGGAGUGUUAUGGGCCCAAAUGGGAGGGUGAAGGUGUCAUGCUUGUCAGGGGUGGGUGAACUGGAUGGAAAGUUGCAUGCACGUGGACUUGUCGACUUCGGUGUUAUUGGUGUUCGGUGCUGCGUAAACCAUCACUAUCUUCAAGUCUCUUUUGCCGAGGGGGAUUACCCCCGUGCAGCGAGCUUUGCUGAAGCACCAACAUAGCCUUUUUUAAUCUCGUUUUUUUUUGUAUUUGGCUUGUGCCGUCCUGUAGCCCGGAGCCUCCGAAGAGCCAAACCUGUUGUGUUACGAUGUAGAGUCUCGCAGUUGCCUGAGAAAGGUAGUGGUGGCUUAACAAUCCCACAAGGCUCGGGCACAUUUGCUCACUUUUCGCAUGUCCCUGCAUGCAAAUCGUGUCAUGGUUGUUUGUGCUUUCGCUGCAAACUGCAACGGUGGGCUUAUGGAGAACUGUGAGGAGUUAGAAAGGAUGGUAGUCUUCCAGCACUUGAGGUCGACCCCCAAAACUCGGAGAGCCUGUUAGUCAGAAGCUGAAUGUGGCGGUCCCCUGUUAGCCAAUUGUGGAGAAACUGGUGGCUACGACCAUGCUGCAUCGGAGAAAAAUGGCCUGGAAAAGUACUGGUGGCGUAAACUUGCCUGCACAACACAGGUAAAGCUCCCAACUUGAUCAGAAUGGGUAGCUUAAACUUGGCCGCACGACAUGAGUAACUUCAAGCUGACUGCACAUGUGUAGCUUCAACAUGCAUCCACAACAUUGUGUAUGUGGUUUCAACUCGCGUGCACAACAUUGUGUAUAUGGUUUCAACUCGCGUGCACAACAUUGUGUAUAGCUUCGACUUCGUGCACGGCAUUGUGUGUAUGGUUUUAAGUCGAGUGCACAACAUUGUGUAUAUGGAUUCAAGUGAGUGCACAACAUUGUGUAUAGCUUCGACUUUGUGCACGACAUGGGUAGCUUCAAGUUGCCCGCCUGUGCAACAGUGGGUAGCUUCAAGUUGCCCGCCUGUGCGACAGUGGGUAGCUUCAACUUGCCUGUGCGACGGUGGGUAGCUUCAACUUGCCUGUGCUACAUGGGUAGAUUCAAUUUGCCUGCACAACAUUGGGCUAGCUUCAACUUGCCUGUACAACAUUGGGUAGCUGCAACUUGCGCGCACAACAUGGGGGUAGCUUUGACUUCCCUGGGGAGCAUUGGGUCAUCUUCAGCUUGCGCGCACAACAUGGGGUUAGCUUCGGCUUCCCUGGAGAACGUUGGGUAGCUUAAACUUAGCUUCAACUUGUCUGCAUGGCACGGGUAGCUUCGACUUUUCUGCACAACAUGGUCUCUGUGUGAUCAAUGCAUACGCAUUGUUGGGAGGGGCUCGAUCGUAUCAGGUGAUUGUGUACAAUUUGGCGACAAGAGCUUAACACGAUUCUCGUUCGAUGGGCACAAGCGUCUGUCUUCGCCCAUGGUGAUUACGUGUGCAUGCAUGUAGUCCUGUUAAUAAACAGGGCAAGUACUUGUGUUAUCAUGCGGUGGGCGCAGCUGCCCCGGCCACCCUGCUGGGUGCCUGGGAUGGCGCAGCGCAUUAAUGAAAGGGAACUUUUGGU